AUGAGUGGAGGAAUUAGUGGCGUUCAGAAACGUAUAAAAGAGAAAGCACACUUUGCUUAUGUUCUUUGUUAUGGUCAUAAGCUCAUUUUGGUUUUGGCAAGUGUUGCAAACAAUGUACCACAAGCAUCUGAACUUUUCAGUUUUCUUGAAGAAGUCAAUAUCUUUGCUAGUGAUGCAGUGGUUCAUGAGAAGUUCCUUUCUAUACAGCGUGAAAUGUUUCCUGAAGAACAAAUUCGAGAACUUCAACAUCUCAGUGAUACUCGCUGGUGGUGUCGGGCUACCUCCUGUGAAAAAGCUUUAUUACAUCUGGAAUGUAUUAUAAGACUUUUGAAGGAGACUUCUGCAGAUGAUACUGGAGCUCGAGCUGUAUCUGCCAGAGGUUUACUUGCUCAGAUGGAUGCAGAAUUUGUUUCUUUAUUGCAGUUUUUCUCUGAAAUUCUGGGGGAAAUAAAUAAAGUAUCUCAGCAGCUGCAGGACAAACAGGCAGACCUUGGAAAAGCAGCUAAACUUAUUUCUUGUCCUCGUGAAGAUUUAGCUGAUGUAAGAAACUCCAAGUUAAUUGAGAAUUACUCUAAUAGGGUUGAAGAACUCGGUAAAAAAUGUGACAUUUCACCAACAGUGACAACAAACCGUUCAAGAAAACAUCGACAGCUCCGCGAUUUUAUCAUGCUGGACACAACUGGCCAGAGAGUUGUGGAGCCAAGUCAUGCACAACACGUCAUAAUCUUGCAUGAAGUACUAGACUGUUUAAAUAGUGAAUUAGAGCGUCGUUUUUCCAAAGAUUCAUGUGUGAUCUUCUGUGGCAUUUCACCUCUUUGUCCUGCUGGACAGACGUUCUUACAUGAGGAUGACUUGAAGUCAUUUGCUUUAUCUUAUUCAGUUAAUCAAAGUGAUUUAAAACACGAGCUACCUUUAGUUAAGAAAUUGCUCCAGAAAGAACCUCAGCCACCUACGUACAUCAUUAGUAGAGUUUUUGUCGUUUAUUCAUCCAUAUAA